GAGGAGCGGCAGCCCUGCCUUGGGCUCGGGCAGGCGGGGCGGGCGCGGCCGGAGGACGGAGGCGCCGGCCCCUGGCCCCCGGGCAGCAGUGAGCAGCCGCAGCCGCAGCCCGGAGCAGCAGCCGCGCGGUGCAGCCAUGUCCGAGCCGGAGAGCGGCCCCGCAGAUGCAGUUUCCACAUCUGCUUAUUCAUCCCCAGCUAAAAGUUUGGGAGACCCAGGAAUAACACCACUAUCCCCAUCACAUAUUGUGAAAGACCCUGACGCGAAUGAGGCUGAGGAGCAAUCAUUUCUUGUUGUUGUGGCUAUUGAUUUUGGCACGACAUCCAGUGGCUACGCCUACAGCUUCACCAAGGAGCCAGAAUGCAUUCAUGUAAUGAGGCGAUGGGAAGGUGGAGACCCAGGUGUAUCCAAUCAGAAGACGCCAACUACUAUCCUCUUAACACCUGAAAGAAAGUUUCAUAGCUUUGGUUACGCAGCACGAGAUUUCUACCAUGACUUGGAUCCCAAUGAAUCAAAGCAUUGGUUGUACUUUGAAAAGUUUAAGAUGAAGCUACAUACCACUGGUAAUCUCACCAUGGAAACAGACCUGACAGCUGCAAAUGGCAAAAAAGUCAAGGCACUUGAAAUAUUCGCUUACGCCCUGCAGUUCUUUAAGGAACAGGCAUUGAAGGAGCUCAGCGAUCAAGCAGGCUCAGACUUUGAAAACUCUGAAGUAAGAUGGGUCAUUACUGUGCCGGCUAUAUGGAAGCAGCCUGCAAAGCAGUUUAUGAGACAAGCUGCAUACAAGGCAGAAAUGGCGAGUCCGGACAACCCUGAGCAGCUGAUAAUUGCCCUGGAACCUGAGGCUGCCUCCAUCUACUGCAGAAAGCUCCGCCUGCACCAGAUGAUAGACCUGAGCAGCAGAGCCCCUGUCAACGGUUACAACCCAAGUGACACUGUUGGAGCUGGAUUUACACAGGCUAAGGAACACAUACGUCGUAAUCGGCAGAGCCGCACCUUUUUGGUGGAAAAUGUCAUAGGAGAGAUCUGGUCCGAAUUGGAGGAAGGUGACCGGUACAUAGUGGUUGACAGUGGAGGAGGCACAGUGGAUCUGACUGUCCAUCAGAUCAGGCUACCUGAAGGACACUUGAAGGAACUGUACAAGGCAACUGGUGGGCCGUAUGGUUCUUUAGGCGUGGACUACGAGUUUGAAAAACUCCUUUGUAAAAUAUUUGGAGAGGAUUUUAUUGAACAAUUUAAGAUCAAGCGCCCUGCUGCCUGGGUAGAUCUGAUGAUAGCCUUUGAGUCUCGUAAAAGGGCAGCAGCCCCAGACAGGACCAAUCCACUGAAUAUCACAUUGCCAUUUUCCUUCAUUGACUAUUAUAAGAAAUUUCGAGGUCACAGUGUAGAACAUGCCUUAAGGAAAAGCAACGUGGAUUUUGUGAAAUGGUCUUCUCAAGGAAUGCUAAGGAUGAGUCCAGAUGCCAUGAAUGCCCUUUUCAAACCUACGAUUGACCAGAUUAUUCAACAUCUUAGCAAUGUGUUUGAAAAGCCAGAAGUGACCAGUGUCAAGUUUCUGUUCCUGGUGGGGGGAUUUGCAGAGUCCCCCUUGCUUCAACAAGCUAUCCAAGCGGCUUUCGGUUCAAAGUGCCGCGUCAUCAUUCCUCAGGAUGUAGGGCUCACUAUCCUCAAGGGAGCGGUCCUCUUUGGCCUAGACCCUGCCGUCAUCAAAGUGCGCCGUUCCCCUCUGACUUAUGGAGUUGGCGUUCUGAACCGGUUUGUGGAAGGAAAGCACCCGCCGGAGAAGCUGCUGGUUAAAGACGGCACACGCUGGUGCACUGACGUCUUUGACAAAUUUAUCUCCGCUGACCAAUCUGUCGCUCUUGGAGAAACUGUGACCCGCAGUUACACGCCUGCCAAACCUUCCCAGCUGGUAAUAGUGAUCAAUAUCUACAGCUCUGAACAAGAUAACGUUAGUUUCAUCAGUGAAUCGGGAGUCAAAAAGUGCGGCACGCUUCGUCUGGAUCUCACAGGAACUGAUAUUUCUGUGCCAAGUCGGAGGGAGAUCAAAACGCUAAUGCAGUUUGGGGACACUGAGAUCAAAGCCAUGGCCAUUGAUGUUGCCACCUCUAAAAGUGUCAAAGUUGGUAUUGAUUUCUUAAAUUACUAACCAUCCUCUUUCAUACCCCGCAGCCAAUCUGUGACACUAUUAUUUCAGUAUUCCAUUUUUUGACUUUCAUAUAUAACACUUGAAUUUCAGCAGGCUGAGAACAGCCAAGAGGUAGGGAUAUAUCAGCGGGGUUUUUUUGUUUUGGUGGGUUUUUUGCCCUUGAAUGAGCUAAAAUGGGUUUUGAAAGGCUCCCAAGUGAUUUACAAACACAUAUCCUCUUGGAUGUAAAUGUUCCUAAAUCACGAGAGUGCACUUAAAAUCCUGUCCUAAUUAAAUAGUAUGAGCUAUCAGGUGCUAAAGGAUUAAACUGAAUAUUCCAAACUGAUUACCAGGGUUGUUAUGGAGAUUAAUUAUCUGAAGAGUGCAGUCUUAACAAUGAAACAAAUUCUUAGCUUGCAGCAAGUAUUUUCAGCCUGUAGGCCAAAGGUAUGGUUCCUGAAUCCAUAGUUAAGCAGAUGAAGAAAAGUGGGCAACUUUUAAAGGUACUGACUACCUGCAGUUCCCACUGACUUCAUUGCAAAUGAUGGCAAGUGCUUGGCAGUUCUGAGAACUAGGUCUUUUUAUUUUGGGUUCCCAAUUAUGGAUUUAGGGGAGUCUAACAUGAUGUAGUCAAGUUUGAAAAUGUUGGCCUUUCAGAAGGCCAACUACUGUUUGUCCAGGCUCCGAAUUUCCUAUUUCUCUGAUAACAAUGGAACUUGCCAUUUCAGGGUCUUUCUAUUUAUGUUUAUUAGAGCAAUCUGAAGGCUGACUGCAUUUCCUUUUAUAGUUAAUGUCCUAUUGAUUUUUUUUGGAAGCGUGCUCAGUUGCGGACUUUUGUGGAAGAUUAUGUGAGCGAAAAGGAGGACAGUUUUCUAAGCUCAAAAUUGUUACUUUAAAAUUAUUAACACAAGCUUUUGUUGAAGAAAAUCUAUUUAGAGGGUGUGCUGAACAAAAUGAUGAGGGAGACAGGGGACCAAGACCCCAAGGCAGCAAUGGGCAUCGGCCAGAUACUACUCGUAGUCUGAUCAGGGUCUCGCAUCUCUAAUGCAAGUGAAGUACGGUACUAGCUCUGGUGUCACUUUGCUUUCCACGUUGCAUGUUUUCCUGAGAGCGCUACCACAUUUGCACACUGGGAGCACCAACUCCAGGGAGAUUGGUCACUUCUGCAGUUCUUCAUCUGUACCAGCAAUGAACUAGGAAUUUCAGAUUGAAAUCCAAGUUUAAGAGUUUGGACAAGUCUGUAGUAUUGGGUGAAAACUGCGGACUGUUUAGCAUUUUGUUCUUUAAACAAGGCUGCCAUUUCACCUGCUGGAAUUCAUUAUACUUUCCAGACAUUGAAAGAGUAAUUUUUUCACCAACCCCUCUUCUUUUAACCCAGCAGGGGUUAAUACUAUAUAAACCGUUGUUGCAAUUGUUUGAGAAUGGAACCUUUCUCAGUCACUUCAAUAAUCCUGCACCACUUACCUGAGCACAUUGAACUUCCCUGGAAGUUUUGCCUGAGUAAGAAGUGCUGGAUUGGAUCCAUGGAUUUUGCCCUUGAAUUCUUUGCAACUCUUGCAGAAUUCCCUAAGUACGAUGUGAAAAAACCAUUGUACUGAAUUAAAUAUAAAAAAGGGACUGGAGAAUGCUAGUCACAUUACCUGGCUGGAUAUUUCUUAUAUAAUUACAAAGUGUGCUUGCUAGCAUUCUGUUUCCUGCUGCCUGCUACGCUUAAAAAGCUAAAUAUUAGAUUUUGUGCGUGUGUGUGUGCGUGUGUGUUGCCUUCCACGGUUUACAAACAAGAGAAACUUUAAGAUGAGUUAUGAACAAUAUAAUUUUAUGUAUAUACAAUAUUUAAAUAUUGUACAGACUCUUUCUUUCUACAGUGCUAUUUUCUUGUAUAAAAAUGCUCUUUGCCUCUGUUGAUUUCAUUCAGCUGUUAAUUUUAAAUAACAUAGUUUCUCAAUCACCUUCCGUAAUUAUAGGCUUUUAAAGAUGGCAAGAUAUGAAAUGUAAAAGGCUGAUCUUAUAAUAAUGGGAAAGAAAUGCUGGUGUGUCAGAGUACAGCAUUCGUUCUGCAAUGCGAGUCAUACCAGUUGAGCGUACGGUACAGACCCGCUAGUCUGUUCCUGGGAUUUUUGUUUCCUUUUUUCAUAAUUUCAUUUUGAACAGUUCAUCAUAAUAAUGGGUGAAUUCUCCUGUAAAAUAUGUGAACAUAGAGCACUUUUGCUCUGGGCAUUUAGAUGUUUUGAUGGGUCCUUCCACGGCCUUCCCCUCCGUAAGUAGGUAACACUCAUGUCCAAGUGAGUUCAUGCUAGCUGAGGAAUUGACCCCAAGACUUUCGAAUAGUGCCAAAAUACAACUUUACAAAAAGAAAAGCAGGUUUUACUUGCUUGGCAUCCUGCAUUAAUCUACGUGGGUCUGAUGCUCCAUGGACUUGUACCCUGAGCAGCUCCUCUGAGGUUAAAGAUUUUAUGUGGCCUUUCAGUGCUGAAUUUAGCCUCAUGGCUUCUUCUGCUAUAUGCAUGUGACACCCACUCAGUGGAGUGCCACAGGAUUGAAAUUUGGCCCAGUAUUUAAGUGUAAUGUUUUUUCAGCCUGCCUGCAAUGAAUAAAGGUAGCUUGUGUAUCAUCAGAAGUAUAGCACAGGACUGGCAGUGAUUCUUAGCAAUUUUUAUACUCACCUUUUAAAAGUCAGACUUGUGCUCAGGUUUUUGUUGCUUAAUGGACUCCAGUGUAGUUGCUAUAAAAUGAGAUUUUGUAGUUUUUCAUUCACUAUCCUCUUUCAGUCUGAAAGGAGCACUGUUAAACUUAUUUUUGCAGCUGUGGGGACUGCAGAGGAAACUGCCACCCACUCCUUAUAUUUUCCCUCUUCCCCCCCCAAAACAAAAAGAUAGAAAAUCUAUUUUAUCUUUUUAACAGGAACUCUUAGAAGACUGUUACACAAUGUGCCGUAGUUUAUAGGCCUUUGAAACAACGUAAAGCUAAGUGGCACGUAGAUGUCUACUUGGACACCACAAGUUGAACCAUUUGUUAGGAUGGUAAAAUUAGUAUUAAAUUUAAUGGGAAGCAGAUGUUUCUAGAAUAGAUAUUCAGGUGUAUUCUGUAGGAUAUUCCCUCAGACGUGUUUAUCAAUAGGAAUUUCAGAUGAUAUUGUACAGGGACAAACCCUGCAGCAGUCCUUAGGUAAAAGUUCUUCAACUUCAAGGGAGCUUUGCCUGAGUAAGAAUUUGCAGGUUUGGUCCAAAGUAGCGUAGUUCUAGUUAGCAGCUAGUGGAGGUUGAAGCUGGUAAAUGUGCAAUGAUGGCUAGGACAGCAAACACUGGUAUUCUCAUACCAAUUUUUAUAUACAGGAGAUUUAAUGCAUUAUUAUGAGAGCCUAGUUACAUAAUGCAGAGAUUUAAUAGCUGAGAUAUGCUGCAUAUUUAUACUACCAAGUGGCUUGAGCGGAUGAAUAGUAUAAAAGUUGUUGGGCAUAAUGUCACAAUACUCACCUGCUUGGAAUAUUCCUAAACUAUAUUAUAAAACCAUUGUGGUCUUGUUCACCUCUGUGCAAGAGCAACUCAAAUUUCACUGGCCCUUGGAGCAGUUCACAACUUGUCAGGAUUGUAUCUGAAUACUCUUGUGUCUUCAAAGAUGUCAAAUAAAAUACAAUACAGCUCUGGA